CCGGCGGGCGCGGGGCGGCGGGGCCGGGACCGGGAGCGGGGCUGGGGCCGGGAGCGGCGGGGCCGGGAGCGGCGGCGGGGCCGUUCUCCUCCCCUCCCCCUCCCCGCCGGUGCACCGGAGCGCCGCCGGCUCCUGACCGCUGAUUGGCUGAAGGAGAGAGGGGCGACUACGUCACGCCGCUGACGCCACCGGGGGCUCGCCGACACCGAGCGGGCGCAGGCGGCGAUGAAGAACCAAGGCGGGGAAGCCAAGGCAGCCCCGCGCCCCGCGGGCUCCUCUGCGGCCGGCGGCGCCCUGCUGCUGGAGGAGGGCGACCCGGCCGAGGCCACGGCGGCGCUGGAAGCUCCUCUCACGCAGGAGGACACCAAGUCCUCCCGGCCUGCUGUGCGUGACGUCUCGGAGGAGCUAAGCAGACAGCUUGAGGACAUCUUGAACACGUACUGCGUGGAUGCCAGCCAGGAGGGUCCGGGCGAGGACGGCGGGCAGAGCGAGCCUGCGGAGCCGGAGGAGGCGGAGAAGUGUCGCAGCGAGUCCCCGAGGAACGGCGACCAGGAGCCGGGUGGCCCCGAGAUGAACGGGGAGAAGGAGGGCACGAAGGGGACGGAGGAGUUCCGGCCCGGCGAGGAGUGCGGGGAGCGGGAUCAGAAGAAGGCUCAGGAAAAGAAGAAAGCCAAGGGCCUAGGCAAGGAAAUCACUUUGCUGAUGCAGACGCUGAACACCCUGAGCACUCCAGAGGAGAAACUGGCAGCACUGUGCAAGAAGUACGCUGAGCUGCUGGAAGAGCACCGUAACUCCCAGAAGCAGAUGAAGAUCUUGCAGAAGAAGCAGACGCAGCUGGUGCAAGAGAAGGACCACCUGCAGAGCGAGCACAGCAAGGCCAUCCUGGCCCGCAGCAAGCUGGAGAGUCUGUGCCGCGAGCUCCAGAGACACAACCGCACCCUCAAGGAGGAGGGUGUCCAGCGUGCCCGGGAGGAAGAGGAGAAGCGGAAGGAGGUCACCUCCCACUUCCAGGUGACGCUGAACGACAUCCAGCUCCAGAUGGAGCAGCACAACGAGAGGAACUCCAAGCUGCGCCAGGAGAACAUGGAGCUGGCGGAGCGGCUCAAGAAGCUCAUCGAGCAGUACGAGCUGCGGGAGGAGCACAUUGAGAAGGUGUUCAAACACAAGGACCUGCAGCAGCAGCUCGUGGACGCCAAGCUCCAGCAGGCACAGGAGAUGCUGAAGGAGGCAGAGGAGAGACACCAGCGGGAGAAGGACUUUCUGCUGAAGGAAGCUGUGGAGUCGCAGAGGAUGUGUGAGCUGAUGAAGCAGCAGGAGACCCAUCUGAAGCAGCAGCUUGCUCUCUACACAGAGAAGUUUGAAGAAUUCCAGAACACCCUUUCCAAAAGCAGCGAAGUGUUCACGACAUUUAAACAGGAGAUGGAGAAGAUGACUAAGAAAAUUAAGAAGCUGGAGAAAGAGACCACUAUGUACCGUUCUCGCUGGGAGAGCAGCAACAAGGCUCUCUUGGAAAUGGCUGAAGAGAAAACCCUACGGGAUAAAGAGCUAGAGGGGCUUCAGGUGAAAAUCCAGCGCCUGGAGAAACUGUGCCGAGCCCUGCAGACGGAGCGCAACGACCUCAACAAGAAGGUUCAGGACCUGUGUGCCCACGCGCCCCGGGCAGACAUGGACCUGUCGGAGCCCCUGAAGGACCCAGCCCGGGAGGGCUCCGAGGCGGUGGCAGGAGGUGCACCAGCAGAACAGCGCCUGGCUGAGGAUUGCCUUCACUCGGGAAAGCCAACACACGGCACAGAUCCUGCGGAGACGCUUGGAGAACUGAGCAUAGGAGGCCUGGGGCAGAGUGGGACUGAGGAAGGCACUCAGGGCGCUGACUGAGCCCGCCGUGCGGUAGGCAGAGGUAGGGCGAGGGAGGGUAGCGUGAAUGUUUCCAGACUCCGAUGCCCCUCUCCUGGUCCUUGGACAGGUGCAAGAGGACAGCCCUCCCUGGGCUUCGAGAUUUCCUAGCGUAGGUUUUUGGAGGGUUUUUAAAAUUUUUAUAUAUAUAUAUAUGUGUGAGACAUAUAUAUAUAUGGUAUAUAAAAUCUGUGCAGGGCAACGUACACUUUAUAUACGAAUAUAUAUGGAACCUAGAACGACCCACCUCCCUGCGUGUGCGUGAAUAACUAAUAUAUGGAGACUCAACUGAUUGUCCCUUUCACUAAAAGACCUUGUCAUUGGCAGGCUGUGACUCCCCCAAAAUCUAGUGCAGCUCAGGAAAGCAGGUGCAUGGAUCGGCCCCAGCCCUCCUCCGGCUCGUGGCACGGGGACAGCUGGGCAUGUUGCUUCCUCUGCCUUCACGGCGACACUCUCACGUUGAGUGACAGCGAAAGAGUUGAGUGAGGGAGAGCAGAAGCGUUUCCCAGCUCUGGAUUCUCCCUCCCUCCUCUGCAACAGGCAGGAGGGAGCUCCUGGACUUGUUAUUGCUUUCUCAUGCUCUGGCUGGCAGCUCUCUUGAGUAUGAGCUGAGCAAACGAGGACGAGAGAGGCCGUUUCCCCUCUGUGUGGGUUUUGUGUAUUGAAUGGGGACAAAAAGAAGCAAACUGUGGACGCCUGGUUCACCCAGGCCUCCUGCAGGGUCUUUGCUCUUCCCAGAACCUGCCAAUGUCUCGAUAGCCUUAUGAUUCACAGUUGCCUCUUUGCUAUACGCACAUGUGCACAAGUGUAUUAAACAGUUAAUCCAAA